AUGACCCUGACAAGAUCCAACACAACGGCUGCCACCAAUGGUACCACUCUAACAAGAUCUUCAUCGGUAUCACCUGGAUAUCAGCGAGCGCCGUACACCACACCAGCAGCAUCUCGCAGUUCAGCUUUCUCUCCUUCCACUUUUGCGGCUGGAGCUGGUUCGGCAACACUGGGUCCCACUGCUGUAAAAUCACCAGGAGCUAAACGUCCUCCGCGACCCACUGGUGCACGAAGUUACGCAUCGUCCAUGAGCCACAGUCCGUCCAGCUACACCUUGUCAUCAAUUGCAACCGCAGCACCUCCACCUGGGGCCUUCACUGGAGCUCAACCUGUUCCAGCAAACAACUCACCGCCGAAUGCAGUGCGCAGUAGAUCGUCGUCAGCGAUCGCGAGUUACCGGUAA